AUGCAAAUAAUAACCUCAGACAAAAUAGGUUUACUACAAUAUAUCCAGUGUAAAACUAAAAGUUCUAUUAAUGAACAAAACCUUGAGGCCGACUUGAAAAGAAGAAUUAAUCACAUUACAUGGUCUGGAGGAUAUGGAGGAUAUGAAGAAUCAGAGAUAACGUUAUGUAGAUCUAAUGGAUUAGUUGAGAGUUUUGAAUUUUAUCAAAACGAAGAGAAUCCUUACAUUGAUGAUACACCUUCAUUGUCAUUUAUAACUUGUAAUAAUUGCAUAUAUACGAAAAUGCUAAAUCAUCACCAUAAUUUAAUAUAUGAUGAUUUACUUAAUAAAAAUAAAAAAAUGUACACGAAUUACUUAAAUUUUAUGCCUAAUUAUGAAAAUGAAAAGAUAGAUGGAAUAUAUGAAGAUUAUUUAUUAAAUGAUAGAUUAUUAGUUACUGUUAGCAACACAGGUCAUGUUCAGAUUUUAAAUUGGAAAAAUGAUAGUAGUUUAAAAUAUCAUCUAGAUAAAACAGAAGAGAUGAAAAAUAAAAAUGAUAAGAAAAAAAAAGUAGAACUUUAUUUUAAAAAUUAUAAGAGAGAUGUAUUGGAUAAAAUUCAUUUUAAAAUAAUAGAAGAUAAAGAUAACAAUAUAAUAAUGAGUGAAAAUGAAUAUAAAAAUAUUAUUAUGGAAAAUAUAUGCAAAGAAUAUCAUUAUAACAACAUGAUAUCAAAAAAAAGUAUAUUACAGUCAUAUAUUUUAAGUAAACCAAUUGACGCUGUGUGUGUAAACGAAUUACUAACUAAUCGAUUGGCUAUUGGUGGAUAUAAAAACUGCUUAAAAGUUUUUGAUUUAUUUACAGGUAAAUAUUUAUGGAAAUCCAAAGGAUUGGGAAUGAGUUUAUUAAAUUUAAAUUGUGAAACACUUAUAAAAUCAAUAAAUUUUCUGAAUGAUAUAAAUGUUAAUAUAUUAUGUGCAGGUACAUAUAAUCACAAAAUUAUAUUGUAUGAUAUAAGAUGCCAAAAUAAACCAGUUUAUAUUUAUGAUCAUUAUAAAAAUAAAAAUGUUACUAAAGAUAAAUAUAAUUAUUUUAAUGAUAAUUAUUAUGAAAGUGAUCUCGUUUUUACUAGUAUAUGUAGCAACUCAUAUAUAAUUAAUGAACAAUAUAAAAAUACCAAUGAAAAUUCUCAUAAAAUAAAAAACGAAGAAAAAAAGGAAAAUAUAAAAGAAAAAAAAGAAAAAAAUGAAUAUAUAACAGAAGAUUUAUACUUAAAAUUUAACACACAUGAAUUAGCAUUAAAAAAUUUGGAAAUUUUAAAAAGAUUACAAAAAGAAAGAAACGUACAAAAAGAAAAAAAAAAAAUUAAAAUAAAAAAAGAUAAGAAAGUAGAAAAAAAAAGUGUGGAAAAAUUAAUGAAAGGGGAAUAUGAUAAUAAUUAUUUUUUGAAAGUAAAAAAAAACGGAAUAAACAAAAAAAAAAAAAUAAAUAAAAAGGAAGAAGAAGAAGAAGAAGAAAAUAAAAACAGUAAUAAAAAAAUAAAAAACGAAGAUAUUAUAAUCUAUAGAAAAAAAGAAAACUUAAAAUAUUAUUUCAUAAAAAAAUUCGCUAAUAAAGACAGUCAAAUUAUUUUUGUUUCGGAUAAUUAUGGCAACGUAUAUCAAUUUGAAAUAGCUACAGGAAAUAAACUACUGAAUUAUAUAUAUAUUAAAAAAUGUGCAGAAAAAAAUAUAAAAUAUAAAAAAAAAAGUAAUAAUUAUUUAAUAAAAAAUAGAGAAAAAUUAUAUGCUUUUUACAAAGAUUAUCAACAAAAAAAUAAAACUCAUAUGAGGAAUGAUUUACCUCCCAUGUGGGCAAAAAAAAAUUUUGAUCAAUUUUUAAUUACAUUAGUUAAAAAAUUCAAAAUUCAUAAUGGAGCUAUAUCGUCUUUAAGUUUACAUAAAGAAGGAAAAGUUUUGUGUUCAGUAAGUUAUGAACGAUUUUUAAGCAUAUUAAAUAUUGAAAGCAAAAAAAUUAUCAAACGAAUACAUGUAGGUCAUAUAUUAACCAACUGUAUGUUUCAUUCUCAAUGUUUUAAUGAAAACCAAGAUGAAACGAAACAAAUAGAGGAAUAUGAAUGUGAAAGUUGGGAAAACUCUUCCACAUUCUCAGAUGAUUAUUUUAAUGAAAAUGAGAAAAACAAAAAAAAAAACCUUAAAUGUGAAAUGGUUAAAAAAAACAUAUUAAAUGAUGAAGAAUUGUUUGAUGGAGAAUUAUUUGAUGAAGAAAAAGAAGAAAGUAAUCAUUUCGAAUAUUCUGAUUAA